AUUAGUAAAUCAUUAACUAACCCAAGCACAAAGUUAUUUUAGAAACGUAGGCUUUAAACUUUCUCUAGUAAAGGUGAUAUAUAUACACAGUGAGAAAGAAACAUUAAAAUGAAAGAAACUUUAUUCGAAUAAACAUAAGAAAAUUAUGGAGAAAUCAUCAGAAGACCAAAAAGGUCACUCCGAAACACGUACGUAUGUUGACAACUCUCAAAAUAGAAGUUUAGGAAGGGUUGGCUUACCAGUUGGAAGUAAGACAGUCUCGAAGACUGGGAAAAUUUCAGCAACAUACGCUGAUAAUGCAAAAAAUCGACAUCAUGGAAGAGUUGGGCUACCUUUGGGAAGUAAACCGAUAUCAUCGGCCUUGAAACAUGUGAGCAAAAACACUCCAGCAGAAGAACAAUUACCGUCCACUUCUAUGAGAAAGCGUAGUCCAGAGAGAAAGAAAAAAAAUACUGCUUCUACUUCAAAACAAUCUGACUUAACUGACAAACAUAUCAUUUCCGUUAAGCAUGAAAAACAAAAGAACCAUGAAGACAGUGUCGCCAUUAAAACCUUUCUUGAUGACCCUUCAUCCCUAAAGCCUGCUAAUGGCAACGAUGAUGUCCUUCCAAACCCGGCAGUGACACGCACGUAUGUUGACAACCCUCAAAAUAGAAGAUUAGGCAGGGUCGGUUUGCCUGUUGGAAGUAAAAAAGUUUCAAAGAAUGGAACAGUUUCAGCAACAUACGUUGAUAGCUCAUUUAAUAGGUAUCAUGACAGAGUCGGCCUCCCUUUGGGCAGCAAACCAGUCUCAAAAGGUUUUCAUCCAACUCGUGAAACAACUUCGUCAAAAGAAAAGACCUUCCACCCACAACACAAUCAGCCCAUUGCCCAAGAGCCUAUUAAUUCACCAGUGUUUGAUAAGUCAAAAGAAAACAUAAAUGUUAGUAAAGUGGAAUCAAAAUCUUGUCCAAGCGACUGUAAAAGAGAUGACACCUAUCUUGAUGUGUCCCUUGCAGCAGUAGAAUCCUUUCCUCGAACACGUAGUUCGCCUACAACUCAACAACCAGUGAGGGAUGAUCAACAGUUAGAAGAACCUAGCAGAAGGUCAAACCGGUACAGACGAGAUACCCCUUCAUCUACAAGUCAAUCUUCUGAAUCACUUCCCACUUCUGUAGCUGCCAGGAAAUACAGACAAAGUCAUGCUGACAAUCCACAGCACAGUAAUGCUUGCAAAGAAGAAACUAGCUUUCCUGACGAAGGUCACAAUCACAACUACUCCUUUAACCAGCAGGAGAAGAAGUGGGUUAAAAGUCAUUAUCAACAACUGAAAAAUGGCGCACAAGAAAAUUCUGAUUCAGCUUUGUAUGAAUUUGGUAAGCAACUUUGUAAAUCACAACAAAAUACAAUGGAGACUGUAAUGGACUCUGUCAAUCGUGCAAACCUGUGGAAAGAAAAAUGCGAUCUCGAAGACAACGGUGUUCCUGAAUCGUUCAUGUCAACUGCAAGGCAGAUAGCUGUUACCAGAACAACAGAACCAAUAAAGUCCGAAGAAACCCGUUAUAUUCGUUUUAAUGAUAUUGUCAUUGGCCAAAAAAUUGGUCAAGGUAAAUUUGGCAAAAUAUAUGCAGGAAAGUGGGCCAGCAAAAAGACAUUUGCAAUAAAAAAAAUUUCAUUUCAGAGCGACAGUAUAUCUAUCUCUGCACAAUUUCGACAGUUAAUGUCAAGUGUGUUGAAUUUUUCACAUGAAAACGUAGUAAAACUUUACUGCGCAUGCGUCGAGUCCCCUAAUUUGUGUUUCCUAAUGGAGUUUAUGGAAGGAAGUCUGUACGAUCACUUAUAUAUAAUGGAAACCCAAUUCAAUGAUAUAGAGAAAACAUUUAUUAUCAGAGAAAUAUCAUGUGGUUUGGCGUACUUACAUUCAAACGAUAUAGCUCACGGGUAUGUGAAUUUAAAAAACGUAUUAUUGAAUACUUAUAUGGAUGAUAUAACGGGCGUCAAAAUAUCCGAUUUUGGUUUAUACAACCUUGAAAACUUCAGGUGGUGUGGUACAAAUCGAAAACAAAAAACUCAUCGCCUCACCAUUACAAAUUACUCAGCACCAGAAGUUUUACUUGGGAAAGAUCUUGACCUAGAUGGCGUUAAAAGGGCCGACAUUUAUUCUUUUGGCUUGAUCAUGUAUGAAAUAUUUCACGAAGUUGAACCGUUUGAGAACUUAACUACACGUGAACUUAAAACACUAGCCGAAAAUGGAAGUUUGCUGCCAGAAUUUAAAGGCUUUUCGAUUGAUAAUCGAUCAAUAUAUAUCAUGAAAUAUUGUUUCGAUCGGCAACCAAGCAAGAGGCCUAGUUCUCACGAGUGUUACAAUUUACUUGAAAAAAAAAUAACUCCUUAAAGUGUGACGUAUAUACAUAAGUGAUAUUAAAACAAAACUUGAUCGGAAACAACAGAGACAUUCUCCUUGACUGAAAUCCAAUAAGACAAUAGACGAAUGUAAUAUCAACGAGUUGUUUGACAAAGCAGGAGAUAAAAGAUCUUCUUUAUAGAGAAUAUUUUGAAUACUUAUUAGUUAUGUAAUACCGCAGGAGAUAAAACUUAUUUUUUAGAGAAAUAAAUUAAUGUAUUUAGUUUGCAGUAGGAUAAAAAUGUUGGAAGAGUUAUUAGGAUGGUUGCUA